AUGCCAGCCAACCUCACAGAGGGCAGCCCCGACUCCAAGGGCUCCAGCGGGACCACGCAGACCCCGGAUGCUUCCCCAGCCCUCUGCACCGAAACGGUGACUUUCACUGAAGUGGUGGAAGGGGAGGAGUGGGGCUCCUUCUACUACUCCUUUAAGACUGAACAGUUGAUAACUCUGUGGGUCCUGUUUGUUUUCACCAUUGUUGGAAACUCCAUGGUGCUGUUCUCUACGUGGAGGAGGAAGAAGAAGUCAAGAAUGACCUUUUUUGUGACUCAGCUGGCUAUCACAGACUCUUUCACAGGACUGGUUAACAUCUUGACAGAUAUCAUUUGGCGAUUCACUGGAGAUUUUAUGGCACCUGAUCUCGUUUGCCGAGUGGUCCGCUAUCUGCAGGUUGUGCUGCUCUAUGCCUCUACCUAUGUCCUGGUGUCCCUCAGCAUAGACAGAUACCAUGCCAUCGUCUACCCCAUGAAGUUCCUGCAAGGAGAAAAGCAAGCCAAGGUCCUCAUCAUGAUUGCCUGGACCCUCUCUUUCCUCUUCUCCAUUCCCACCCUGAUCAUAUUUGGAAAAAGGAAACUCUCUAAUGGUGAAGUACAGUGCUGGGCACUGUGGCCUGACGACUCCUACUGGACCCCAUACAUGACCAUCGUGGCCUUCCUGGUGUAUUUCAUCCCUCUGACAAUCAUCAGUGUCAUCUAUGCCAUUGUGAUCAGAACCAUUUGGAUUAAGAGCAAAGCCCACGAGACUGUGAUCUCCAACUGCUCCGAUGGAAAGCUGUGCACCAGUUACAACCGAGGGCUCAUCUCAAAGGCAAAAAUCAAGGCCAUCAAGUAUAGCAUUGCCAUCAUUCUUGCCUUCAUCUGCUGUUGGAGUCCAUACUUCCUCUUCGACAUGUUGGACAAUUUCAGUCUCCUUCCAGACACUGAGGAGCGCUUCUACGCCUCUGUGAUCAUUCAGAACCUGCCGGCUUUGAAUAGUGCCAUCAACCCACUUAUCUAUUGUGUCUUCAGCAGCUCCAUCUGUUUUCCCUAUGGGCAGCAAACAUCACGGGAUUCCAGAAUGACAUUCCGGGAGAGAACCGUGAGGCACGAGAUGCAGGUUCUAUCCAAGCCAGAAUUUAUCUAG